GGAAAUAUUAAGAAAAGACGAGGGACAUCAGGGCUUGACCCUGAAGGCGGACAUUUGGCAGGAAGGAAGAAAAUGAUGGAAUGGCUAUAACCAUGGAUAUCUUGGGAGACACAUCAAUAUCUCCCUACUAUAUGAUCUUCUUAAUUUUAAAUUUCUGUGUUAAAUUAUGCAUCGGUAUCCAAGGACCUUCACCACAGAUCUUCCAGUUUACGCACCCAACAUACAAUGCCACGGUUUACGAAAAUUCUGCUGCCCGGACGUACCUCAACAGCCAAACGAAAAUUGGAAUCAAGUUAGCUAACUUGUCCUGGGACAUCAAAUACAGGAUCAUGUCUGGGGAUGAAGAAGGGUUUUUUAAGGCGGAGGAAGUGGUAAUCGGAGACUUUUGUUUUUUAAGGAUUCGAACAAAAGGUGGAAAUUCUGCCAUCCUGAAUAGAGAAAUUCAAGAUAGCUAUUUAUUAUCAAUAAAAGCAUCAGUGAGGGGAGAAGACUUAGAGGCUUGGACAAAAGUCAACAUUCAGGUCUUGGAUAUGAAUGAUCUCAGACCUCUUUUUUCCCCGACAACCUACUCUGUCACAAUUGCCGAGAGUACACCAAUAAGGACUAGCAUUGCACAAGUUACCGCCACAGAUGCUGAUAUUGGAUCCAAUGGGGAAUUUUAUUACUAUUUUAAAAGCAAAGUAGAUUUAUUCUCUGUUCAUCCCACCAGUGGGGUUGUUUCAUUAAGUGGACGCUUAAACUAUGAUGAAAAGAACCGGUAUGACCUAGAAGUGUUGGCUGUAGAUCGUGGGAUGAAAUUAUAUGGCAACAAUGGCGUAAGCAGUACCGCCAAACUUUUUGUUCACAUUGAACGUAUUAAUGAACAUGCUCCCACAAUCACUGUGGUCACUCACAUUCCUUCCAUGUUGGACGUGGAUCCUUCUUACGCCAUAAUUACAGUUGAUGACAUAGAUGAGGGUGCUAAUGGAGAUAUAGAGUCUGUUUCAAUAGUGAUGGGGGAUGUGUUGCAACAGUUUUCUUUAGUCAAGGAGGGCAAAUGGAUGAACGAGUAUAAAAUCAAACAGAAAAGUCCUAUUGAUUGGGACAGUUUUCCAUAUGGCGUGAAUCUGACAAUUCAGGCAAAAGAUAAAGGGUCUCCUCAGAGGUCUUCUGAAAUGAGAUAUGUGCAGAUUUCUAGCCCUACAAGGGAAAAGGUGAAAGCUGAGUUUGAAAAAGAAGUUUACGAGGUAACGGUCAGUGAGUUCUCUCCUCCUGGCGCUGUUGUUGCAGCAGUGAAGGUGCAGCCCGUGACUGCGUCUGUGGAAUACAAAAUUUCUGAGAGUGGAGAUUCUGCGUAUUUUAAAAUGAAUUCAAGAACAGGUCUAAUCACCACAGCCCGUCCUCUAAACUUGUUUGGGGAAGAUACUUAUGAAAUUAUGGUAGUACAAAAAGGCAGUGAUAUUAAAGCGAAAGUCAUUAUCAGGCUGGAAGAUGCCAACGAUCACAUUCCACAGUUCCAGCAGGCUUCAUAUGAGUCAUUUGUCAACGAAAGUGUUCCCGUUGGAACUAGCAUUGUAAUGGUGUCCGCCUUUGAUAUGGAUAAAGGAGAAAAUGGUUAUAUCACAUACAGCAUAGCUAGUUUGAAUUCUUUGCCAUUUGCUAUUAACCAGUUUACGGGAACCAUCAGCACCUCUGAUGUUCUCGACUUUGAGUCUUCUCCCGAAAGUUACAGAUUCAUUGUGAGAGCCUCUGAUUGGGGUUCCCCAUAUCGACAUGAGAGUGAAGUGAACGUAACUAUUCAUAUAGGGAAUGUUAAUGAUAACAAACCAUUGUUUGAGAAGGUAGCUUGUCAAGGAGUCAUCUCCUUUGACUUUCCAACUGGCGGACAUAUCACAGCGGUCUCUGCCAUUGAUAUAGAUGAGUUAGAGCUUGUCAAGUAUAAAAUUAUUUCUGGAAAUGAGCUUGGAUUUUUCUACUUGAAUCCUGAUUCAGGGGUCUUGCAGCUUAAAAAAUCUUUUAUUAGUUCUGGUUUAAGAAACAGUAACUUUGCUCUAAAGAUUACUGCUACUGAUGGGGAAUACUUUGCAGACCCCAUGUUUGUUAACAUAACCAUAGUCCAUGGCAAGGUACCUUCAAAAUAUUUUGAUUGUAAAGAAACAAGGGUUGCCCAGAAAUUAGCAGAGAAGCUUCUAAAAAAGUCUAAAGCCAAUGCCAGGCUUAAUUAUGAGGAUGGCUUGUUUGAUUUCUAUUCAGUAAACCGACAACCACCCCAGUUUGACAAAUCAUUUCCUUCUGAUGUAUCAGUGAAGGAGGACCUCCCUGAGGGAACCUCUAUCCUUAGGAUUAAAGCCAGCGAUCCAGAUUCAGGGUUUAAUGGAAAGGUACUUUACACAAUUACAGAUGGCAAUAUGGAUAGUUGUUUUACUAUUGACUUGGAAUCAGGUCAGCUGAGUGUUUUAAUGCCAAUGGACAGAGAAAAAACUGAUAAAUAUCUACUUAACAUUACAGUAUAUGACCUAGGCAACCCACAGAGGUCCUCAUGGAGAUUGUUAACUAUCCAUGUAAAUGAUGCAAAUGAUAACAAUCCCAUCUUCCUCCAUGAAAGUUAUUCAGCUAAUGUCCUAGAGAGCACAAGCAUAGGGACAGAAUUGAUUCAGGUAGAAGCGAGGGACAAGGAUCUUGGGCCAAAUGGGGAAGUCACAUACUCUAUUUUAACAGAUACAAAAAAGUUUGCUAUUAACAGCUCUACUGGAAUAGUGUACGUAGCUGACCAACUGGACAGGGAGCUCAUGUCCAAUUAUACCCUGAAAAUUGAGGCAAGAGACAAAGCAGAAAAUGGUCAGCAGCUUUUUUCAGUUGUUACCUUAAGAGUCUACUUGGAGGAUGUCAAUGAUUGUUCUCCAGUUUUCAUCCCUGUUAGCUACACUGCUAGGGUACUUGAAGACCUUCCAGCUGGUACUGUCAUCUCUUGGCUUGAGACACAAGACCCUGACCUUGGCCUCGGGGGUCAAGUCCGUUACUCAUUGGUCAACGACUACAAUGGAAGAUUUGAAAUUGAUAAAACCAGUGGAGCUAUUCGCUUAAACAAAGAGUUGGACUACGAAAAGCAACAGUUUUACAAUUUGACCGUAAGGGCUAAGGAUAAGGGCCGUCCCGUCUCUCUUUCAUCCGUCUCUUUUGUGGAAGUUGAAGUGGUGGACGUUAAUGAAAAUCUGCACACUCCCUAUUUUACGGAUUUUGCUGUAACGGGAUUUGUAAAGGAGAAUUCACGCAUCGGGACUAGUGUUUUGCAAGUUUUAGCUAGAGAUGAAGAUGGUGGUCGUGAUGGUGAAAUACAGUACUCUAUAAGAGAUGGCAGUGGACUGGGACGAUUUAGCAUUGAUGAAGAAACUGGCAUCAUAUACACUGCAGAUGUCCUGGAUAAGGAAACCACCGACUCGUACUGGCUCACCAUUUAUGCCACAGACCGAGGUGUUGUGCCACUCUUCUGUACCAUAGAGGUUUACAUCGAAGUAGAAGAUGUUAAUGAUAACGCUCCUCUGACUACCCAGCCCAUCUACUAUCCCAGUGUCAUGGAGAAUUCACCAAAAGACGUGUCUGUGCUGCAGGUUCAGGCUGUGGACCCAGAUUCUAACACCAGCGAUAAACUGACCUACAGGAUCACCAGUGGGAACCCCCAGAACUUCUUUGCAAUCAAUGCUAAAACAGGUCUGAUCACUACAACAUCACGAAAGCUGGACCGGGAACAACAGGCAGAACAUUUUCUGGAGGUGACAGUCAGUGAUGGAGGUCCUUCACCCAAACAGUCCACAGCCUGGGUCAUCGUUCAUGUUCUGGAUGAAAACGAUAACAAGCCUCAGUUUCCAGAGAAAGUCUAUCAAAUCAAGCUUCCCGAGAGAGAUCGGAAAAAACGGGGUGAACCCAUUUACAGAGCCUUUGCGCUCGACAAAGACGAGGGCCCCAACGCAGAGAUUUCCUACAGCAUAGUAGAUGGGAAUGAGGAUGGAAAGUUCUUUAUUGACCCUAAAACAGGCAUGGUGUCUUCAAGAAAGCAGUUUUCAGCAGGGAGUUAUGACAUCCUAACAAUAAAAGCCGUAGAUAAUGGCCGCCCACAAAAGUCUUCUACUGCCCGUCUGCAUAUUGAAUGGAUUAAGAAACCUUCACCGUCAGCAACCCCUCUCACCUUUGACGAACCGUUUUACAAUUUCACCAUCAUGGAAAGUGACAAGGUGACAGAAAUUGUUGGUGUGGUCACCGUGCAGCCUUCAAAUAUACCUUUGUGGUUUGAUGUAGAAGGUGGUAAUGUGGACAGCACUUUUGACAUUGAAAAAGGAGUGGGGACAAUUGUGAUUGCUAAGCCACUGGAUGCUGAACUCCGCUCAAGCUAUAAUAUGACAGUGGAAGUCACAGAUGGGACCAACGUUGCAAGCACUCAGGUUCUCAUUCGUGUUCUUGACAACAAUGAUAACGGCCCAGAGUUUUCCCAAUCCAGUUAUGAGGCCACCAUCUCAGAAGACGUCCUCCCGGAAACGGAGAUUUUACAAAUUAAAGCCACCGAUAAAGAUGAGAACCACAAACUAAGUUACAUCGUCCACAGCAGCAUUGACCCAAUGAGUAUGAAGAGGUUCCGCAUUGAUCCUAACACAGGCACACUCUACACAGCAGAAAGGUUGGACCAUGAAACACAGGCCCAUCACACUCUCACCAUCAUGGUGAAAGAUCAGGAGUUCCCAUACCGCCGCAACCUGGCUCGUGUUAUGAUUACAGUGGAAGAUGCUAAUGACCACAGCCCGUACUUCACCAGCCCGCUGUACGAGGCUUCGGUGUUUGAGUCCGCUGCUAUCGGCUCUGCUGUUAUACAAGUCACUGCCCUGGACAGAGACAAAGGAGAAAAUGCCGAGCUUAUCUAUUCUAUUGAGACAGGGAACACUGCAAACACAUUUAAAAUUGAGCCAAUAUUGGGCAUUAUCACUGUUGCCAAGGAACCAGACAUGUCCACGAUGGGUCAGUUUGUGUUGUCUGUCAAAGUAACUGACCGUGGGAGUCCACCUCUUUCUGCUGCUGCCAUUGUGAGGAUUUCUUUGUCAAUGUCAGACAAUUCGAACCCAAAGUUCACACAGAACGAGUACCAGGCUGAGGUUCAAGAAAACGUGGAUGUAGGAACGCCAGUUGUAUUAGUGUCAGCAAUAAGCCAGUCCACGCUAGUUUAUGAGAUCAGAGUUGGGAAUUCUGAAGGAGCCUUUACCAUUAAUCCCUAUUCAGGAGUGAUAACAACUCAAAAAGCACUUGAUUAUGAACAAAUACCAUCUUACCAGCUCAUUGUUCAAGCUACAAACAUGGCAGGCAUGGCUUCCAACACCACUGUCAAUAUCCAGAUUCUUGACCAGAAUGACAAUGCACCGGUGUUCCUCAGUUCCCAAUAUAUUGGUAGUAUCAGUGAAGCAGCACCAAUUAACAGCAUAGUACGGAGCUCUGACAAAUCCCCAUUGGUCAUAAAAGCAACUGAUGCUGAUAGCAACCAGAACGCCUUACUUGUCUACCAGAUUGUUGAAUCAACAGCAAAGAAGUACUUCACUGUGGAUUCCAGCACUGGUGCGAUCCGGACUAUAGCCUAUCUGGACCAUGAAACCAUAGCAUAUUUCCAUUUUCAUGUGCAUGUAAGAGAUAGUGGAAGUCCCCAACUCACUGCUGAAAGCCCUGUUGAAGUUUCUAUUGAUGUAAGUGAUGUCAAUGAUAACCCCCCGGUGUUUACAGAGGCAGUAUUUGAAACAACGCUACUUCUACCAACCUAUGUUGGCGUUGAAGUCCUGCAGGUCAGUGCUCGUGAUCCUGAUUUAGCCAUUCCGCCAGAGCUGAGUUACACCUUGACAGAAGGAAACUUAAACCAUUUCGUAAUUGACUCUAACAGUGGAGUGAUUACUGUAAAAAACAGCAGUUUAUCUAAAGAUCAUUACAUGCUAAUGGUCAAAGUAUCGGAUGGGAAAUUUUAUAGCACUGCCAUUGUAACUAUAUUAGUAAAAGAAGCCAUGGACAGUGGUCUACAUUUCACCCAAGACUUUUAUUCUGCAUCUAUAGCAGAAAACACUACCAAUAUUACAAACAUUGCUGUGGUGAAUGCGGUGGGUCACCGCCUCAAUGAGCCAAUAAAAUAUACAAUAUUAAACCCAGGAAAUAAAUUUAAGAUCAAGUCUACUUCUGGAGUUAUCCAAACCACGGGAAUCUCAUUUGAUAGAGAAAAAGAGGAGGUUUAUGAGCUAGUAGUAGAAGCGAGUCGUGAAUUAGAUCUUCUCCGCGUGGCACGGGUUGUUGUCAAGGUCAAUAUUGAAGAUAUAAAUGAUAAUGCUCCAGUUUUUGUAGGUCUUCCAUACUAUGCAGCUGUACAGGUUGAUGCUGAACCCGGGACUCUCAUCUACAAAGUAAAUGCCAUAGACAAGGACAAGGGAAAAAAUGGAGAGUUAACCUUUUAUUUGGAAGAUGACUAUGGCCAUUUUGAAAUUGACCGGCAGAAUGGCAGUGUGACAUUGAUGAAAACGUUUGACUCCGACAUCUCCAACUUGGAGUACAUACUCAUUAUAAUUGCCAAAGAUCUUGGUGAUCCUUCUCUAACUGCUUCCAUUGAGCUUCCAGUUACCAUUGUCAACAAAGCCAUGCCAGUAUUUGAUAAGGCCUUUUAUACAGCUACAGUAAAUGAAGAUGUUGAAAUGAACACACCCAUUUUAAGUAUUAAUGCCACAAGCCCAGAAGGGCAGGGGAUUAUUUACACGAUAGUUGAUGGAGAUCCAUUUAACCAGUUUAAUAUAGAUUUUGACACUGGGGUGCUAAGUGUCGUGAGUCCAUUGGAUUUUGAAUUAAACCCAUCCUUUAAGUUGACUGUACGAGCCAGUGACUCACUUACCAGUGCCAGGGCCGAGGUUAUCGUUGACAUCAGUGUCAGCGAUGUUAAUGACAACCCUCCAGUGUUCCAGUUUCCAUCAUACAAUGCAACCCUUUCAGAAAGCUCUUUAAUAGGGACACCAGUCUUGCAAGUUGUUGCCAUGGAUGCGGAUUCUGACAAUAAUAAAGUCAUAAGGUAUCAGAUUGUUCAGGACAUGUUCAACAACACCGAUUCAUUCCAUAUUGAUAGCACAAGCGGUUUGAUACUCACAGCUAGAUUACUAGAUCAUGAGGUUUCACAGCAAAGCAUCUUGAAAAUCAGGGCAACAGAUAAUGGUUUCCCGUCACUCAGCAGUGAGGUGCUAGUUACAAUCUACAUAACAGAUUUAAAUGACAACCCUCCAAUUUUCAAUCAGUUGAUUUAUGAGUCUUAUGUUAGUGAGCUUGCACCUAGAGGCCAUUUUGUCACCUGUGUCCAAGCAUCUGAUGCAGACAGCACGGACAUUGAUAGAUUGGAGUACAGUAUUCUGUCUGGCAAUGACCGCAUGAACUUUGUUAUGGAUAGCAAAAGUGGUGUCAUCACUCUGUCUAGUCACCGCAAGCAACGAAUGGAGCCAAUGCACAGCUUAAACAUUUCUGUCUCUGAUGGACUCUUUACCAGUACAGCACAGGUGCACAUAAAGAUUCUCGGAGCAAAUCUUUUUAGCCCUGUCUUUGCACAGAGUGUUUAUGUGACUGAAGUAAGAGAGAAUGCUCCUAUUGGAACCAAAGUAAUUUAUGUCAAAGCAACCGAUGGAGAUUCAGGCAUAUAUGGGCAUGUAACCUACACCAUAAUAAACGACAUAGCCAAAAAUCGGUUUUCCAUUGACUCGUUGGGCCAAAUUGUUACAACAGAGAAACUCAACAGAGAGAAUCCACUUGAGCAGGAUAUCAAUAUAUUUCUGCGUGCUGUGGAUGGCGGAGGGCGAGCUGCCUUCUGCACUGUCCAAGUUCUAGUUGUAGAUGAAAAUGACAAUGCUCCACAGUUCAAAGCUACUGAAUAUCGAGCAAGUGUGAAGGCAGAUGUUGAGAAGGGCCAUCUUGUCACCCAAGUCCAAGCCUUUGAUGCAGAUGAUGGGGCAAACUCCAGAAUUACUUACUCGCUUUACAGUGAGGCCUCUGUGUCUGUAGCAGACCUUCUGGAAAUUGAUCCAGACAAUGGCUGGAUGGUUACAAAAGGCAGUUUUAACCAGCUGAAAAAUACAGUGCUUUCCUUCUUUGUAAAAGCUGUAGAUGGUGGCAUUCCGAUGAAACACUCCCUUAUUCCUGUGUACAUUCAUGUUGUUCCCUCAGAAACUGUCCUACCUGUGUUCUCCCAGCAUCAGUACACCUUUGCAGUGCCAGAAGAUACUGUGAUAGGAACUAUCAUAGAUUCAUUUCAGCUUACCCCAGUCCAAGACUCACUGUUCAUCACAGUAAAUGGCGAAUUUCCAGAAAACAACAAGGAUAAUAUUUUUAUCAUUGACAAAUACAGUGGAAUGUUAAAACUAGACAAAAAGGUUGACCAUGAAACAACACCAGUGUUCCAUUUCAAAGUGGCAGCCAGUAUACCUUUAGAUAAAGUGGACAUUUUAAUAACCGUUGACGUAGAAAUUAAGAUCUUGGAUCUGAAUGACAAUAAGCCAUUUUUUGACUCAACACACUAUGAGGCUGUAAUAAUGGAAGGUAUGCCUGUGGGAACCAAUGUUAUGCAAGUGAAAGCAUUUGAUGCAGACUGGGGAGCCAAUGGACAAGUCACUUACAGUCUUAUAUCUGAUAGGGAUAAUGACAAACUUUUAGAAACAUUCACAAUUGAUUCAAAUAAUGGCUGGAUCAGCACACUAAAAGAACUAGACCAUGAGAAGAAUCCAACUUACACGUUUACUGUGGUAGCAGCAGACCUUGGAGAAACACUUUCUCUUUCUUCUUCUGCCAUUGUUUCAGUAACCAUUACAGAUGUCAAUGACAAUGGUCCCAUCUUUGAGCAACAAGUGUACAAAGGAUCUAUAAAAGAAAGUGAUGCUCCAGGGGAGGUGGUGGCAAUACUCAGUACUUGGGAUGAUGAUACCUCUGAUAUUAAUCGGCAAGUCAACUACCAUGUUACAGGAGGUAACCCCAAAGGAAAGUUUGGCCUGGGACUCAUACAGAAUGAAUGGAAAGUUUAUGUCAAAAGGCCGUUAGAUCGUGAGGAACAGGAUACAUACUUCCUGAAUGUCACCGCAACAGACGGCCUUUUCGUCUCUCAUACUGUUGUAGAGGUUUAUGUAGCUGACGUCAAUGACAACAGUCCUGUGUGUGAUCAGGUUAUAAACACAGCAUUGUUUCAAGAAGACAUCCCUCCCAAUAAAAUGCUUCUUAAAAUCAGUGCCAAAGAUGCUGACAUGGGAACCAAUGCUGAGAUCCAUUAUUCUCUCCAUGGACCUGGUGCUGACAGUUUUUAUUUAGACAGUGAAAGUGGUGAAUUAAAAACAUUGGCCCCUUUGGAUCGAGAGAAAACGCCGGUCUACCAUCUAAUUGCCCGAGCCACAGAUGGAGGCGGAAGGUUUUGUCAGUCGGAAAUAUGCUUAAUUCUUGAAGAUGUCAAUGACAACCCCCCGGCAUUUUCAUCCAACUACUACAGCGCCAGCGUCUAUGAAAAUACCAUCACCAAAGCAUUACUAACUCGGGUGCAGGCCAAUGAUCCUGAUGUUGGUAUAAAUCGGAAGGUCGUCUAUUCACUGGUAGAUUCUGCUGAAGGUCACUUCUCAGUGGAUGAACAAUCUGGAAUCAUCGUCUUGGAGCAGCCACUGGACCGGGAGCUGCAAUCUACCUACAACAUCACAGUGAAAGCAUCUGACACGAGCCCUGUCCUCUCUUUAUCUUCCUUCGCUGUUGUUACUAUCAGCGUGCUUGACGUUAAUGACAACCCUCCAAUUUUUGAAAGAAGAGAUUAUCUGGUUACCAUCCCCGAGGACACUGCCACUGGCACCAGAGUCAUAUCGGUCUAUGCUGCAAGCAAGGACAUCGGAACAAACGCAGAAAUAACAUACAGCUUCAGGGCGGGAAAUGAACAUGGGAAAUUCAGGAUCAAUCCUAAGACUGGGGAAAUUCUGGUUGUCAACGCUCUGGACUAUGAAAGCAGCAAACACUUUUACCUGGUGGUUGAAGCUAAAGAUGGCGGCUCUCCUCCUUUGAGCGCAGUGGCAACUGUUAACGUCAACCUGACCGAUGUUAAUGACAAUGCACCGAAAUUUAGUCAAGAGGUUUACAGCGCGGUGAUCAGUGAAGACGCCUUCAUUGGGGACUCAGUCAUUAGGGUCUUUGCUGAAGAUCUUGACAGUCCUUCUAAUGGACACAUUAGCUUUUCUAUCAUCAAUGGAGAUCAAGAUAACCAAUUCACAGUGGACCCAUUCGUGGGAAUAAUAAAGGUCAAAGAUAAACUGGACCGUGAAAGGGUAUCUGGAUACUCACUCCUAAUUCAAGCAAAGGACAGCGGACUUCCCCCUCUCUCCUCCACUGUGACUGUCAAUAUCGACAUUUCAGAUGUCAAUGACAACAGCCCUCAGUUCACUCCGGCCAAUUACAGCGCCGUUAUUCAGGAGAACAAGCCCAUUGGAACAAGUAUUCUACAGCUGGUGGUCACAGACAAAGACUCUUACCACAAUGGACCCCCAUUUACGUUCAUCAUAUCAAGUGGAAACGAAGAAGGCAAAUUUAUUUUGGACCAGUCUGGAGUCUUGCGUUCUUCUGUGGUUUUUCAGCAUACGGUUGCUAAUGAACAUCUCCUCACUAUACAGGUGAGAGACUCGGGUAAACCACCUUUGACCUCGCAGACAUACGUACAAGUAAAAGUAAUUGAAGAGAGUGUCCAUAAGCCAUCAGCCAUCCCCCUGGAGAUAUACAUUGUCACUAUGGAAGACGAUUUCCCAGGAGGAGUUAUUGGGAAGAUUCAUGCCACCGACCAGGACAUCUACGACGUCCUCUCCUACACUCUAAAGUCGGAGCAGAAAAGCUUGUUUAAAAUUAACAAUCACGACGCAAAAGUGAUUGCCCUUGGCGGUCUAGAUGGGGGCAAGUAUACCCUCAAUGUAUCGGUUAGCGAUGGGCGCUAUCAGGUGUCAGUGGAUGUGACUGUGCACGUGGAGCAGUUGAUGCAGGAAAUGCUACAGAACGCCGUGACCAUACGCUUUGAGAACAUCUCCCCCGAAGAUUUUGUUGGGCUCCAUUUGCACGGCUUCCGGCGUACUCUCCGUAAUGCGGUCCUGACACAGAAAGAAGACAGCCUGUAUAUAAUCAGCAUUCAGCCUGUGGCCGGAACCAGCCAGCUCGACAUGCUGUUUGCCGUGCAGAUGCAAAACGGAGGCUUCUACAGGCCUGCCUAUUUGAUUCAGAAGCUUUCAAAUGCAAGGAGACAUUUGGAAAAUGUAAUUCGGAUAUCAACAAUCUUGGAGAAGAAUUGUUCGGGAUUGGACUGUCAAGAGCAGCACUGUGAGCAGACCCUGUCCAUUGAUUCUCACUCACUAAUGACCUACAGCACAGCCAGAAUCAGCUUUGUGUGCCCACGGUUUUAUAGGAAUGCACGCUGUAUAUGUAAUGGUGGACUGUGCCCAGGAUCCGCAGAUCCGUGUUUGAACAAGCCGUGUCCCGAGGAUAUGCAGUGCGUUGGAUAUGAAAUCAGUCGGAGACCUUUCAUCUGUCAGUGCCCACCAGGCAAACUCAGCGAAUGUUCAGGCCAUACAUCUCUCAGUUUUGCUGGGAACAGCUACAUCAAAUAUCGGGUCUCUGAAAACAGCAAGAGAGAUGAAUUCAGACUGGGUCUACGAAUGAGGACCCUGCAGAACAAUGCCAUCAUCAUGUACACCAGGUCCAACCCCUGUAUGAUCCUAAAGAUUGUCGACGGUAAGUUGUGGUUCCAAUUGGACUGUGGCAGCGGGCCAGGAAUCCUGGGUAUUUCUGGCAGGACGGUGAACGAUGGGAAUUGGCACUCGGUCUUUCUUGAGCUGAAUCGGAAUUUCACAAGCUUGUCGCUGGAUGACAGCUACGUGGAACGUCGCAAGGCCCCGCUCUACUUCCAGACCCUCGGCACCGACAGCUCUAUUUAUUUCGGAGCUCAGGUGCAGGUCGAGACAGUCCGAAGCCUCACUGACAAAAGGAGCACACAGGUCCUGGGUGGCUUCCAGGGAUGCUUGGACUCUGUCGUCUUGAAUAACAAUGAACUGCCACUUCAGAACAAGAGAAGCAGCUUUGCAGAAGUGGUCGGCUUAACCGAAUUAAAACUCGGCUGCGUGCUCUAUCCCGAUGCCUGUGAGAGGAAGCCGUGCCAAAACGGAGGCAGCUGUACCAGCGUGCCAUCUGGUGGUUAUCAGUGCAGUUGCCCAUCUAAGUUUAUAGGGAAGAACUGUGAGUCAGAGAUCACGGCAUGCUUUCCAAACCCUUGCCGGAAUGGUGGGACGUGUGAUCCGAUUGGAAGCGCGUUUAUCUGCACUUGCAGGCCCGGCCUGAGGGGAUUAACGUGUGAAGAAGAUAUAAAUGAGUGUGAGAGAGAGGACUGUGAAAAUGGUGGAACUUGUGUGAACAUCUUCGGUUCUUUCUUCUGUAACUGUACCCAUGGAUACGUUGGACAGUAUUGUGGUCUGAGGCCCGUGGUUGUUCCCAACAUCCAAGCUGGACACUCCUAUGUCGGCAAAGAGGAGCUGAUCGGAAUAGCCGUGGUGCUAUUCGUCAUAUUUGUCCUCAUCGUCCUCUUCAUAGUAUUCCGGAAGAAGGUGUUCCGCAAAAACUACUCGCGUAACAACAUCACUCUCGUCCAAGACCCAGCCACUGCGGCUCUUCUGAAUAAAACCAACGGGAUCCAGUUCAAGAACCUUCGCAGCGGCGGAGAUAGUAGAAACAUUUACCAAGAGGUUGGACCGCCGCAAGUCCCGGUCCGGCCCAUGGCUUACACUCCUUGUUUCCAGAGCGAAUCUCGGAACAAUCUUGAUAAGAUGGUGGACGGUCUGGGCGUGGAGCACCAGGAGAUGACAACUUUCCAUCCGGAGUCUCCGAGGAUACUGACGGCUCGAAGAGGGGUGGUGGUGUGCAGUGUGGCUCCCAACAUGCCAUCGGUGUCGCCGUGCCGUUCUGACUGUGACUCUAUCAGGAAAGGACCGUGGGACUCAGGACAUGAUUGUAGAGGAUUGGAGCCGGCCGAAGAGGUGACCUGCUUUGUGGGGAGUACAAAAGGAAGCAAUUCUGAAAACCAGUCACUGAACUCUUUUCAGUCCGACUCCGGAGAUGACAAUGCUUCCAUAGUGACUGUCAUUCAUCUAGUCAACAAUAUUGUUGAUAAUAUUGAAAAUGAAGCUUCGGUAAUGGACCAAGGACAGAAUUACAACAGAGCUUACCAUUGGGAUACUUCCGAUUGGAUGCCAAACACACAACUGUCAGACAUUGAAGAGGUUCCAAACUACGAAGCCGCUGAUGGCUCCUCCGCACACCAUGGUAGCACUAGAGAGUUGGAGUCCGACUACUACCUCGGUGGCUACGACAUCGACAGCGAUUACCCACCUCCCCAACAUGAAGACUAUUUAAGCCAAGAUCAGUUGCCGCUUCCGGAGGACUUCCAAGAACAUUACGACACUCUUCCAAAAGUACAGCCACGAACCGUGGUCAGUACGCUCAGUCCGGACUGUAUGCGUCGUCCACAGUUCCACCCAAGCCAAUACCUCCCGCCCCAUCAUCUCUCCAGUGAAAUAGACACGUCGAUUUCCCAAGCUGGACUUUCUUUUAGUACUUUUGUGCCUGGUCCAAGCCAAAAUAUGGACAAGACAAGCACAGAUAACGUCUCCUUAUCCUUGCACAAUUCUGUGGGUGCUUCCUCAUCAGAUGUCUCAGCUAGUUGUGGACUAGAAGACACAGAAGUGCCCAUAAGUGACUAUGAAAGUUUAGACAACUUUCGGAUCGAUCAGUCCCACAUUCCCUAUAUGGAAACCCAACAUCAGACUCAAGUGUGACAAACUUUUUUUGUUUUAUAUGCCAUGACUAGUCAUACAUAUGAAAAAAAGCCACAGCAUUCACCUUGGACUAUAGUAACAAGUGCAAACCUUUGGAUUUCCAGUCGCUUUGAUAGUAUGUCAGUGAUCUGUUGCGAAAAAUUAAAUGGACAAUCCUUUUAACACUUUGCUGAUAUUUAUUGCCAAAAGUAUGCAGAGUGUUUUAUUACACGAAAGAAUUGUGAAAGAGUACAGUUUGAAAGUCACUUGCAUAUCCUAACGGAAAGGAUGCUACAUUUGUAAGCGGGUGAACUUGCAUAUGCUGGUACUGUGUAUCAUAUGGCUUGGAAAGGCUGAAGUGUAGCUGUAUAAAGUAUUAAAGUGUACCUGUCACUUUCAAACUGGAAGCAGCCAUUUUGUGCUCAGAGCUUGUAUUCAUGUGUAUGCAGAUCUCAAGUCGCUGGGGCUAACUUAUGAAAACUG